AUGACCCAAUGGAAGAGCAAACUUCAAUUACCAGAAGACACAAGCUUGGAGCACUCAGCGGCACGGUCAAAAUUACGACUGGGGCUCUUUUCGUACCCUGUCCUGCAGGCCGCAGACAUCCUUGUACAUAGAGCUACCCACGUUCCCGUUGGUGAGGACCAGAGGCAGCAUCUGGAAUUUUCCAGGUACACUGCAAAUAGUUUCAAUCAUAUCUACAGUCAUAUUUUUCCGGCCCCGGAAGCCCUUAUAUCUCCAGCAAAGCGAGUGAUGUCUUUAAAAGAGCCGACCUUGAAAAUGUCCAAGUCUCACGCCGACCAGCGCUCGCGGAUUCUUCUCACUGAUGCCCCAGAGAGCAUCCACUCAAAAAUUAAAUCUGCACUCACAGAUUCAGAAAUUGGUGUAACUUAUGACCCAGUGCGCCGGCCGGGCGUUUCAAACCUCCUUGAGAUCCUCAGUCAUUUAGAGGGAAUAUCAUGCAAUGAGCUAGCUACCGAGCAUCAAUCAGCAAAUCUUCGGGUGCUAAAAGAACGUCUCGCGGACCGAGUAUCUAAUCACCUGCAGCCAAUACGAGAAAAAUAUCAUUCACUUAUGGGGGAUGAAACAGACUACCUAGACCAUGUUGCAGAGCAAGGUGCUCGGACUGCAAAAACCAGUGCUGAGCUAACUAUGCAGCAGGUCCGAGAGGUCCUAGGUCUUUGA